AUGGCGAUCGGAGAGAGCCACAGAGCUCCACUAAAGUUGUUCAAAUAUACCUUUGACUUAAAAUUCAAUGCUUCAAGAGACACUGUGAUAGAGAGCUUGAGGGCUUUGAUUCAUGGACAGAAAUUCCCCACAUGUGUCAAAAAAGGGAUGAAAAUCACUGGUGCGAACAUCACUACAGUGUGUCUCUCGAAUGUGAACAAAACUCAGUGUAUGUGUGAGAAUCAAUACGUUUGGCCCUCUGAACAAUGCUCUAAACAUGGAGUUUGUGGCCCCAAUCAUAAUGAUACCUGCAGAUGCAUCGCUUCUCUUCCAUCUGACGAGCCGAUCUGCCGGCGACCACCUGCUCCCCUGAAGUUGUUUAAAUACACUAUUGACAUAAAAAUCAAUGCUUCAAGAGACGCUGUGAUAGAGCGCUUGAGGGCUUUGAUUCAUGGACAGAAAUUCCCCACAUGUGUCAAAAAAGGCAUGAAAAUCUCUGGUGCGAACAUCACUACAGUGUGUCUCUCAAAUGUCAACAAAACCCAGUGUAAAUGUGAGAAUCAAUACGUUUGGUCCUCUGAACAAUGCACUAAACAUGGAGUUUGUGGCCCCAAAUAUAAUGAUACCUGCAGAUGCAUCGCUUCUCUUCCAACUGACGGGCCAUUCUGCCGGCGACCACCUGCUCCCCUGAAGUCAUUUAAAUACACCAUUGACAUAAAAAUCAAUGCUUCAAGAGACACUGUGAUAGAGAGCUUGAGGGCUUUGAUUCAUAGACAGAAAAUCCCCACAUGUGUCAAAAAAGGGAUGAAAAUCUCUGGUGUGAAGAUCACUACAGUGUGUCUCUCAAAUGUGAACAAAACCCAGUGUAAGUGUGAGAAUCAAUAUGUUUGGUCCUCUGAACAAUGCUCUAAACAUGGAGUUUGUGGCCCCAAUCAUAAUGAUACCUGCAGAUGCAUGGGUUCUCUUCCAACUGACGGGAGCCGUUCUGCCGGCGACAACUUGUCAUUCAAAUACACCAUUGACAUAAAAUUCAAUGCUUCAAGAGACACUGUGAUAGAGCGCUUGAGGGGUUUGAUUCAUGGACAGAAAUUCCCCACAAAAGGGAUGAAAAUCUCUGGUGCCAACAUCACUACAGUGUGUCUCUCAAAUGUGAACAAAACUCAGUGUAAGUGUGAGAAUCAAUAUGUUUGGCCCUCUGAACAAUGCUCUAAACAUAGAGUUUGUGGCUCCAAUCAUAAUGAUACCUGCAGAUGCAUCGCUUCUCUUCCAACUGACGGGCCAUUCUGCCGGCGACCACCUGCUCCCCUGAAGCCGUUUAAAUACAUUAUUGACAUAAAAAUCAAUGCUUCAAGAGACACUGUGAUAGAGCGCUUGAGGGCUUUGAUUCAUGGACAGAAAUUCCCCACAUGUGUCAAAAAAGGGAUGGAAAUCUCUGGUGUGAACAUCACUACAGUGUGUCUCUCAAAUGUGAACAAAACCCAGUGUAAGUGUGAAAAUCUAUAUGUUUGGUCCUCUGAACAAUGCACUAAACAUGGAGUUUGUGGCCCCAAUCAUAAUGAUACCUGCAGAUGCAUCGCUUGUCUUCCUACUGACGGGGCGUUUUGCCGGCGACCACCUGCUCCUCUGAAGUCACUCAAAUACACCAUUGACAUAAAAUUCAAUGCUUCAAGAGACGUUGUGAUAGAGCGCUUGAGGGCUUUGAUUCAUGGACAGAAAUUCCCCACAUGUGUCAAAAAAGGGAUGAAAAUCUCUGGUGCGAACAUCACUACAGUGUGUCUCUCAAAUGUGAACAAAACCCAGUGUAAGUGUGAGAAUCAAUAUGUUUGGUCCUCUGAACAAUGCUCUAAACAUGGAGUUUGUGGCCCCAAUCAUAAUGAUACCUGCAGAUGCAUCGCUUCCCUUCCAACUGAUGGGGCGUUUUGCCAGCGACCACCUGCUCCACUAAAGUUGUUAAAAUACACCAUUAACAUGAAAAUCAAUGCUUCAAGUGACACUGUGAUAGAGCGCUUGAGGGCUUUGAUUCAUGGACAGAAAUUCCCCACAUGUGUCAAAAAAGGGAUGAAAAUCUCUGGUGUGAACAUCACUACAGUUUGUCUCUCAAAUGUGAACAAAACCCAGUGUAAGUGUGAGAAUCAAUAUGUUUGGUCCUCUGAACAAUGCUCUAAACAUGGAGUUUGUGGCCCCAAUCAUAAUGAUACCUGCAGAUGCAUCGCUUCUCUUCCAUCUGAUGGGCCAUUCUGCCGGCGACCACUUGAGCCACCAACAACAAUGGCGGCACCAACAAUAACAGCGGCAACAACAACACUGGCACCAACAACAACGGCAGAACUAACAACAACAACACUGGCAACAAGCCCCAACAACAACAACGGCACUAACAACAGCAACACUGACACCAACAACAACGACGGCACCACCAACAACAACACUGGAACCAAUAGCAACGGCAGCACCAACAACAUCGACGGCACUAACAACAGCUACAGUGGCACCAACAACAACGAAGGCACUAACAACAACACUGAUACCAACAACAACAACAAUGGCACCAACAACCACUUCUGUGGCACCAACAACAAGACUGGCACCAACAAUAUCGGUGGCACCAACAACACUGGCACCAACAACAACAAAGCCGACAACACCAACAACGCCAAAAACAGUAACAACACAGAAACCAACAACAAAACCAAAACCACCAACAACAACGCCAAAACCAGCAACAACACCAAAAACAGUAACAACACGGAAACCAACAACAACGCCAAAAACAGCAACAACACAUAA